GUCAAAUUUCAAAAGCUCCCUACCUUCGUCCCUCUUUUCUUCCAUUUCAGUUCCUCAAUCCUCUCUCCGCUUUUUUCUUUCUCUUUAGAAAGUGACCUUUUUCUCAACUAUAUCCAUUCAUGAUGAGGUGCUUUCUACCUACUUGUUUUGGUUCUUGCAAACGCUCUAAACGCUCCAAUCCAACUGCUACACAGUCCCUUCAUUCCAAAAUCGAAUUGCAAUAUGAAUUAUUGAAUCCAAGUGCUGAAGCAGCUCAUGCGUCAACACCUACCAAGGAUGAAGAAGAGAGACUUGGAAGAAGAGGUGAGAAGAAAGAUGAACGCCAAGGAGAAGGAGAAGGAGAACAAGAGUUUUCGGAGUCGUUGUUUUCUCUCUCCAUUGGCUCCGCUAAACAGAUUUCUGCUGCUCAAAAUGCUGACACUACUGAAGUUAACAGUCCAAUGCAGCAGCAACAACUUCUUCUUGGAGUUAGAGACGAGGAUUCUGAAGCAUUAGGAUCAAGCACACCAACUGUUCGGGAAAAGGUUCAAGGGAACUCGUCCAAGCCGGCUGGAUUCUUUUCAUCCGACAAGGAAGCAGACAUAGAAAAACCUGCUGAGCAACAAAAUUGCAUUGCCAGAGAAGAAGGUGGUGAUGUCAAUGGAAUUCAAGAAGAGUCUUCAGAGUCGUUGUUUUCGCUGUCGACUGAUUAUAGGAAACCAAUUUCAUCGGCUGAAAUAGCGGAGACCGAAGUUAAUAGCCUGAGGCAGGACAAGAAAGAAGAAACUCAAGAAAGGGUUCAUGAUGUUUCCUCUGUGUUGAAUCCAAUUGAGAAUGUUGAUACACAAGGGAGGGUGGCCAAAUCCACAUUGCUUAAGUCACUGAAGAACAAUGAUAAAGAAAACAUCAACAAUUCAGCAGUGGAGGACAUAGCAAUAUCCCUCAGUCCAGAGCCAAAUAUGAAGCUCUCAAAACGCAAGGCAAGGCAGAAGGCGAAUGAUAACAAGCUAGAGAUUGGCGUUGACACCAGCCUAUCCAGCUGGUUGGUUGAACCCGAAGGCACGCCUGUUUCGGUGAACAACAGUUCAGUGGGAGAACAGACACCAAAGGGAGGUAGAGGAUCCUCAUGGAGUAAUGAGGAUAGACCAAUUCUAGGAGCAUUGACAAUUGAAGAGAUCAGGAUGCAUUCCCUAUCAAGAUCUUCAAGAAGGACUAGAAGCAAGAGCCCCGACGAGACCCCCAUCAUAGGUACUGUCGGCAGCUACUGGACUCAUACUGGUCAGGACAUGGAGUCAAGCUUGAACAACAGUGGAAGAAAGGAUGCAAAACUGAAAUCAAGUUCUUCAACAUGUAAGACAAGACUAGAAAGAGCGUUCGAAGAAAGUGUUUGUGAAGUUUGAGCUCGCGUCCCAUGGUUCUUGCGUUCUUUCGUUGUGCAUGAAGCGUGGUUAGCCCUAGAAUAGUAUGGUUCAUUUUUCUUAAUAAUAAAAAAAGGGAUCUUAAUGAGUAUAUUGUUUAGUUCUCUUGGAGCAUUUGAUGCGUACAU